AUGAACAAAAUUCAAGAGGAAAUUGAUACGCUCCAACGUCAGGAGGAGAUCUUAUGGGCUCAAAUAGCCAAAAGUCACUGGCUUUUGGAAGGGGCAGGAACACCAAAAUUUUCCAUUAGAAGGCUACACAAAAGAGGAACCGAAACAGAAUUAGAAGUACGGAAAAGCCCAUGGGGGGCACCACAAGUAAAGAGGAUGAAAUCCAGUGAAUUAUCCUCCAAUUUUACAAAGAGAAAUUCAAAGUGGACAACCUAA